AUUACAUAGAUGUGGUGUUAAGUUAUAAAAGCAGCCGCUGUCACAUUCUGGGCUGUAGCCAAGCACCCACGCGGAGACCGGACACGAUGAGGCUUGUGCUGAUUUGCUCCCUGGUCCUGCUGGCGUACGCCGCGGCAGCUCCUCAAAAUGCGCAAGCGAUCGCCUACGCGACUGGGGACAAUGCGUCCGCCAGCGCCGUAGCCAUCGCCGGCCCCGCGCCCCCCACGACGCCUGGGGCGUCUACGGCGACCCCUAGCGUGACCACGACAACCCCUGCCGUCACCACGACGACCCCUGCCGUGACCACGACGACUCCAGCCGUGACCACGACGACUCCAGCGCCGACCACGACCACACGAGCAACAAGGAGACCGCGGCCCCGCCGUCCCCCUCCCGAUUAUCCCUACGGCCCCUCUCCUGACUUCGACGGCCCUCCACCGGGUCGUCCUCGUCACCACCGGCGACACAGAUGUGAAGAAGAUGACUAUUUCUAAUUUCCUGACUGAUGCAGCCUGCAGUGGGCCACAGUUCCAGCUGCCCAUUUCCGUUUUUUCUCUCGCUCUCAUUAAAUGGUGAUUC